AAGCCGCUGAUCCACCAAACCUGAGAAAACAUGUUGGACACAACACGUAGCUUACAGUACUUUGGCCCAAGAAUAUGAUCUCUGAAAAACGUUUCACUGUCCUGGCCAUUUGCUUGUCAACAGCCACUUCAGCACACUCGGAGUUUGCUCCAUCUGUGCUCCUAUCUUCACUUCAUCCAGUAAGCCGCACUGGGUACGGAGGCCAAGUCCAACUUCUAGUGGCACAACUGCAGUCGAGAAAUUGGCACGUCCAGCUUCUCGCAUGGAAUUUGCGUCAUAGAGGGGAAGGUCCUUGUAAGGACUUAGAGGCGCUUCUGAGCCGCAAGGGUCUCAGAGCUGAAGCCUUGAGCCAUGCUGGUGGGGACCCUCGUGCUUUGCUACCAGGUGUUCCGAUUGUCACUUCAAGGGUAGCACCACCGACUGGGUAUGAAGACGGCUUGGGGUGGCUGGAGAUCACUAGAGCCAUAGAGCUCUUCUCUUCAGAGUCACAAAAAUGCACUGCAAAGGGCUUGCUUUGCUCCUUCCGAAAGCCUGAUGUGCUCCUGCAUUUGCACGAUGCUUGGUGGCUGGGGCCCCCUCCCACCGAUGUGCGCAAUGCAUGUUUGCCGCCGAUGGUCGCUUGGCUGCCCAUACUGUUCGACCCCUUGCUCAGUGAUGAUCCAGAGAGGCCUGAUCGUUCUGGCGCUGCGCUAGAGAUGUUUAGCGGAGUUAUAGCUAUGUCGCUGUGGGGCCGCGGUGUCUAUGAAAGGGCUUUGGCAAGCCUGGCUGUGAGCACUGUGACUGGCACACAACGCGGCCAAGUCCUAGCACGCUGGCUCCCCCCUUUGCUGGGCCACAUUCCACAUGCAUUGAACCCUGCAUUUGGAGAAGGGCCCCUGGCCUUUGAGAGUCAGUCACGCAAAGAGCUUCGACAGUCAUUUGGGAUCCCAAUGAAUGCAUUUGUUGUUCUAUUGGUUGGACGAAACCCACCCCCGCCAAGCUCGGAAGCAAAUCGCAAAUCUCAUCGGGCUGCCAUCAGGGCAUUUGCCCGCUUCAAGGCACGACUCUCGCAAAUAUGUACUUCUCCCUGUGUCUCCACUGCACACCUGCACGUUCAUUCCGAUUUACAUGGCGCAGUUGACAUUCCAUCUCUCCUCAGAGAGGCCGGUUUGUCUGUGGAACGGCAGGGGGGAGCAUCUAGCAGUCAGGAGAACCUAUCCCCGGAGAUGUUGCGCAACCUCUACAGUGCAAGCGAUGUUUUGCUACAGCUAAGCCGUGCAGAAGGUUUUGGACUACCUGUGCUUGAAGCACAGGCAUGUGGCACUCCUGUUGUGGUGAAUGGCGCCACAGCCAUGGCUGAGAAUGUCCUGCUUGGGAGGGUUCUCCUUCCGACUCCGAGACAAUCCCCAAGUGGAGGCCGCAGUGAUCGUCCAGGCUCCUGGACACCUCCAGAUGGGGCAGCAGCAGUGGAAGCUUUACUGGAGAUUUGGGGCUCACCUCCCACAGCUGCAGAAAGGAAUCGAGUUCGAGUGGCCCUUGCAGCUGCUUUUUCACCGUGGCAUGUUGCAGAGCAAAUGAUCCAGGUUCUGCAGCCCUUCCUCAACAAGCAUUCUGAGCUACCCGCCGUCCCAUCCACUACAGUCAGUGAAAGUGCAGAGCAACGAACUUAUCAAGAGCAGUGGAAAAGGUCCAGCUUCUGUGAGGUAGAGUUCCGUCAAGCGGAGAGCUGCUGGAGAAGCAAGCCCGGCAACACCCAAUCUACACCAUGCAAAGUCGUAGAAGAUGCGUUAAGAAAAUGUUUUUCCAGAGAGUGGGAACAGCCGAGCUUUGCACACGGGUUUGCAGAGCCGAUUAAUCGUCUUGUGCCUACUCGUCACGGAUGGCCGAUGCUAUACAAUAUUUUUGAUAUUGCCGUUGGGCGCACUCUCGAGAUUUGUGGGGAAUGGUUGCCACACGAGAGACGCAUCUAUGAGAAACUUGAUCUCAACAGGCCCAAUGUUAGAGUGCUAGAGGCGGGGGCAAAUGUCGGAGCUGUGACAAUUCCUCUAGCCAUGCAACUUCAACAUGGGCGAGUGUUAGCGUUGGAACCGAACAGGAUGAAUCUACAGCUUCUCAAUGCAAACCUGGCCUUGGCACAGCUUUACAAUGUUGAUACGUUCCACGCUGCACUGGGUCAGCACCAAGGUGCCCUCCCGGAGAAGAAAGACUCUGCUGAAGCCAAUGGGGGCUCACAGGUGUCCUUCGGAGACUCUCGACAAUUUCAGCCUGAGUCUCGACAAGUCAAAGUAGUGACAGUUGAUCAGUUGCUUGCUCAGGUUGAUCGCCUCGAUUUUUGGAGACUUGGUGCAGGAGCAUCUGGUGGUUUCGGGGUCAUGGUUGCAAUGCUUGGUGCCAUGAAGUCCAUUGAGCGCUUCCGCCCGUGGGUGCUUCUUGAACUCACAUUUCCCAGCCUGGAUUUCCAAGACGAUGGUGAUGGUGCGUCAGAACUGGAGAUUCGGGGCAUUCUCCAUUCAAAACAGUAUGACUGUAUCCGUUGUGAUUUGCCAGUGGUUGCCGACGAGCCUGCAAGCAGAAACCAUCGUUGGCAGGCUUGCAGUGCAGACGCUCGUGCUAGGCAGGUGGCCAGGAUUUUGCUUUGCGGCCCCCUGCCAAUUGCGGACUCAAAUCCUUCAAAUAGUUCAUCCUGGAGGGCCUUGGGCGAAAUUUGUUAAGCGAUGUUUUGAUACGCAUUGUGCAGAACGGUGCCGUGAAGGUGCUUAUUAAGAUGAACCUGUGGCUGCUUUUGUAGCAGCUCCACUUUUGGUCUGGUGGCGUUUGGCGAGUGCGGGAGAGGUGCGAACGAGAACAUACAGCUUGCCGAAUGAAUUGUGGCCACUUCGUACGUGUGGCUGUUUGGAACAUACUGUAUGUCAUUCAAUGACUGACAAUGACUCACGCGAACUUCAUUGAACUGCUAGCAGCCGACCCCUAAUGUGGCGGAUUUGGCCUAGCGACUCGAGAGCAAUCGCACCGAGAAAGGACGUUAC